GAAGAGGAGGAGGCCAACAAGGAAGAGGAGCAGGCCAAGGAAGAAGAGGAGGAGGCCAACAAGGGAGAGGAGAAGGUCCAGGAGGGAGAGCAAGACAACCUCGCACCAUCAUUACGGACGAGAUGCGAGCAACAGUCAUUGACCAUGUCAUUGUCCAUGGCAUGACAAUGGCUGAAGCAGGACUAAGAGUCCGUCCAAACCUGAGUAGGUUCACCGUGGCCACCAUUAUCAGGGCAUUCAGACAACACAACAGCGGCACAAGAAACCCUCAUUGUGGAUAUGGUUCGUGAGAACAACCUCAUCAGACUCCGGGAGAUCAGAGACAAAGUCAUUGCCGAUAAUGUGAACUUUGAGGGCAUUGAUGAUGUCAGCUUGGCCACAAUAGACCGAGUUCUCCGGCGCCAAAAGAUGCGGAUGCAACAAGUCUAUAGGGUUCCCUUUGAGCGAAACUCUGCACGACACAAAGACCUACGUUACGAGUAUGUGCAAAGGAUAUUACAGUUGGACGCGAUGGCCAGACCUCAUGAGUACCUCUUCCUGGAUGAGGCUGGCUUCAACCUGCAGAAACAAAGGCAAAGAGGCCGUAACAUCAUUGGCCAAAGAGCCAUCACUGAGGUUCCUGGCCAAUGGGGGGGGGGUAAUAUUACUCUUUGUGCGGCCAUGGGUUUGGAGGGGCUUGUCCACCGGCAGGCUGUCCUCGGGUCUUACAACACCCAACGUCUCCUAACCUUCCUAGAGGAGCUAAAAGAUAUCCUCCUGGACUGCCAACAACACCAUCCUGGGCCCGAACAUCCCAUUUAUGUGAUCAUUUGGGACAAUGUACGCUUCCACAGAACAAACCAAAUCAGAGAGUGGUUCACCACCAACAGUAACCACUUUAAACGUCUGUCUGCCACCCUACUCCCCUCUACUGAACCCUAUAGAUGAGUUCUUCUCAUCAUGGAGAUGGAAGGUUUAUGACAGACAACCAUACACUAGAGAGAACCUCCUAAGGGCAAUGGAGCUGGCAUGUGUGUGGAGAACUUCCAAGGAUGGAUCCGCCAUUCCAGGGCGUUUUUCCCGCGGUGCCUGGCAAGAGACAAUAUAGCCUGCGAUGAGGUGAUGUGGCCCGAUGCAGCUCAGCGACAUGAUGCCGCACAGUGAUUGUGGUGUAAGUAAAAAAAAAAAAAUAUAU